AUGGGCGCGGCUCUCGAACAGUUCCUCGACGGCUCGUGGAAACCUUUGGCGUUCUUCUCACGCAAAUUCACCAAAGCGCAACUCAACUACGACACGUACGACCGCGAGCUAACUCGUUCAGACAAAGCUUCCCCGCGCCGUCGUCGUCAACUUUGCUACAUCUCUCAAUUUACCACCGAGAUCGAGCACCUCUCAGGAUCUAAGAACGUUGUAGCCGACUGCUUAUCCCGUGUCGAGUCAGUUCGUCUCCCGCUCGAACUUAAUAUGCUCGAUCUAGCGAAAGCCCAAGCCGAAGAUACAGAACUCGCAGAACUCCGUAAGAACACCGAUAAGCAUUCCCUGAAGCUUAUUUUUCUCGAAUGGGGACAAGACCUCCACCGUAUUUGCGUCGACCAGAGCGGCACCGUUCUUAGACCCUACAUUCCAAAACCCUUCCGCAAACGCGUAUUCGACCAGUUCCACUUACUGGCUUACGGCGGUCCGAAGGUUACCGAUCAGUGCAAGACAUGCCUCGACUGCCAGGCAUUGAAAAUAUCCCGGCACGUCAGAAACAAUGCGGCGCCGUUCGUCGCAUCGGACGGCCGCUUCCAACACGUCCACUUGGACCUAAUCGGCGAGCUCAAACUAUCUCAAGGCUUCGUUUAUUGCCUGACGAUGAUUGAUCGUUUCUCGCGGUGGACAGAAGCGGUUCCGAUCCGCGACAAAACCGCCCAAACAGUUAGUCGAGCCUUUUACGACAACUGGGUGUGCCGAUUCGGAGCUCCUGAAAGAGUCACCACUGACCAAGGAUCCGAGUUUGAAGCGCAACUUACCAAAGCCCUCCUCUCGUUCAUAGGCUGCGAACGGAUUCGUACCACAGCCUGGCACCCGAAAGCGAAUGGAAUGAUAGAGCGCUGGCAUCGUACGAUGAAAGCGGCUAUCAUGUACCACAACGACGAGAAUUGGCAUGCCGUACUUCCAACUGUUCUUCUCGGACUUCGCAUCCAUGUUUGCGAGGAAACGGGCGUUUCACGUGCGGAAUACGUAUACGGCACUGUACUGUGUGUUCCCGGAGAAUUUUUUCUCGAAGGAGAAUUCAUGCCCGAUCCUCAAAUAUUCCUCGAAGAAUUUCGCGAGCAUAUGCGCAAAGUAAGGCCGAUACCAGUCACACAAAAAUACAGGCUGUCAGGAAGUCCCUCGAGCGUUCAUACACGAGUGAAAGGUGUACCUAAAGUUGUGUCUACCGAGCUUUUAAAACCAGCACCCUUCCUCGACGAAUCUAAUAGCGCGCCGCUUCCUACAUUUUUACAACAAAAUACGACCAGUGUGCAGCUUCCAACCAAUAACGAACACAUCACCCGAUCAUUGCUGGUGCAUCAGCUUCCGAGCACGGCAAGCUCACCCGCUUCGCAGUGCCCUGCAACUAAUCGAGCUUGCACACCUCUAAAUCUCGCUACCCAGUCCGCCGCUCUAAACCAAACAUCCACGCGAGACCUUGCACCACCGCAACGACCGGCUCUUAAAACUUAUCCUUCGAGAAAAGCUCAGCAGCGUAAGACCGUCACCGUCAAUUUAGCAGCGAACGAAGUCUUCCGAAUUCCAAGCGAUUAG